GAAACUAAUAAUAGAUGAUGUAGAAAGAGACACAUAGAAUUCACCAAAACAAGAAAGAAACACAGAGAAAGAAAAAAAACAAAACCAAAACAUGUCUCUUCAUUCUUCAUUAAUUGUUGAAGAAACAAAACAAAACAAGGAAGAAGAAAGAAGAAAAUUGGUUGAAGAAGUGAAGACACAAUUAUGGUUAUCAGGACCAUUGAUAUCAGUUACACUCUUAAAUUUUGGUAUCAGUCUUAUUUCACUUAUGUUUGUUGGUCAUCUUAGUGAGUUAUCUCUCUCUGGUGCUUCCAUGGCUACCUCUUUUGCUUCUGUUACUGGUUUCAGUUUAUUGGUCGGAAUGGCAAGUGCCUUGGACACAUUAUGUGGCCAGUCAUAUGGCGCAAAGCAGUACCGCAUGCUAGGCAUACACAUGCAAAGAGCCAUGUUCAUUCUCAUGAUUGUUGCGAUUCCUCUCGCUAUUAUUUGGGCAAACACUAGAUCCAUUCUCAUUUUCCUUGGACAAGAUCACGAAAUAUCUAUGGAGGCUGGCAACUAUGCUAAGUUAAUGGUUCCAUCCCUUUUUGCUUAUGGUCUCCUACAAUGCCUCAACAGAUUCUUACAAACUCAAAAUAUUGUAUUUCCAAUGAUGUUAAGCUCCGCGGUUACGACAUUACUUCAUCUUCCUUUAUGUUGGUAUAUGGUAUACAAGUCUGGAUUUGGUAGCGGAGGCGCUGCCAUAGCAAGUUCUAUAUCCUAUUGGGUCAAUGUUAUCAUACUCUCACUCUAUGUAAAAUUUUCUCCUUCAUGUCAAAAAACAUGGAAUGGGUUUUCUAGGGAAGCACUUGCACCGAACAAUAUCCCGAUUUUCUUGAAGCUUGCCAUUCCUUCAGCUGCAAUGGUUUGCUUGGAAAUAUGGUCAUUUGAAUUAGUGGUUCUCCUUUCCGGUCUCCUUCCAAAUCCAAAGUUGGAAACAUCGGUGCUUUCUAUCUGUUUGAAUACAACAGCAGUCGUUUGGAUGAUCCCAUUUGGACUAAGUGGAGCUAUAAGCGUUCGUGUUUCAAAUGAACUCGGUGCUGGUAAUCCACAGGCUGCACGUUUGGCAGUCUGCGUCGUUGUAGUAAUUGCCAUUAUUGAGAGCAUUUUAGUUGGAGCAGUGGUUAUGCUAAUUCGCAAUAUAUGGGGAUAUGCUUAUAGCAAUGAAGAAGAAGUGGUCAAAUAUGUAGCAAAUAUGAUGCCACUUCUUGCAGUAACAGCCUUAGUAGAUGGAAUGACAGCAGUUCUUUCAGGCACUGCUAGAGGAUGUGGUUGGCAGAAAAUUUGCGCGUUUGUCAAUCUUGGAUCAUACUAUUUAGUCGGAAUUCCAGCAGCUGUUGUAUUAGCUUUUGUACUGCAUAUUGGCGGGAAGGGGCUGUGGCUGGGGAUUAUAUGUGCCCUCAUUGUUCACGUACUUUGUCUAACGAUCAUUACAAUACGCACUGAUUGGGAGAAAGAGGCAAAGAAGGCAACUCAUAGAGUCUAUAAUGCAAUAACAACAGAGAUCUUAGUCUCAUGAAAGAUAUGUUUUUCAUUUUGUUUUCUCAGUGUAUUGGCGGGGGAUAUAGCUAUUAAUGUAAUGUUGAGGAAUAAGAACAAGCCCUGCUUAAAAAAGUCACUAAAUGAGAAUAUGAUAUGUUAUGGAAAACCUGAAACUGUGAAGGCAUUUGAGAAAUUUUUCUUACCAUUAAAUUUGAGGCCUAUUUUUACCAA